UUCAUCGGCUGGAGGAAAACACCGGCUGGCGGCCGAGGCAGCGUCUCGGGGCCGCCACCCGACUGUCCGGGGCCGGGGUUGCUGAGAGAUGGGAGCAGAUGCCGCCAACACUGUGAGCCUGUCUUUUCCACUUCAUUACUCCGAGCGCCGUCAGCGUGGGCGGCCCGGGGAGUCCUGAGCGAAAACCCUCCCGGAAGAGUGGUUAUAAAAUGUUGCCCGGCUCCUUAAUGAGAAAUUUCGCUGGGCUUUUCCUUGUGGACUCACCGAAGUCUUCACUUUGAACCCGAGCAAGAAACGAUCCCAUGGGUGCCGGGAUCUGUGUUUGCAGAGAACAGAGUAAAUAUCCCCCUCCGGAUACCUGAGAGGCGGGGAGCGGAAGGAUUCCGGGUACAGCAGUGAAGCAGAUGCCCCCCCAGGGGACAGCAGUGGGGGGGUUCAGCGUUUCUGCUCAGCUAACCCGUCUCUACAGCCAGGAGGGUCCCCUCAGCACGCCAGGCACCCCAGGUGCCAGGUGAGCAGGGCCCUCCCGUUGCCCGGAGCCGUUUCCACCUCUCGUUUCUGUUCUGUGCCUUGAGAACCCAAAGCCGUCGGUCACCUGAUCGCCAUCAGCCUGGGAAAAAUUCUCCCACCAGAGAGUUCCGCCUGGCGGCGUUGUCCUGGCACGUGAUGCGUUCUGGGGUGGAUGGAACGUGUAGUGGGGGCGUUGGCAGGGCUGGACCUGGCCGGGAAGCUGCCCAACAUGUUCGGUGACCUUCGGUCCACGUUUAUUGCCUUGAUGAUUGGAUCCUAUGCCUCCUCGGCGGUCACCUUCCCGGGAGUCAAGGUCAUCUAUGACUUUGGUGCCUCCUUCAUCGUCAUCCUCGUGGCCUGGGCCGGCUGCUCCGGGCUGGUUUUCCUCAACUGCUUCUUUAACUGGCCCCUGGAGCCCUUCCCGGGGCCAGAGGACAUGGACUACACGGUGAAAAUCAAGUUCAGCUGGCUGGGCUUUGACCACAAGAUCACAGGGAAGCAGUUCUACAAGCAGGUGACCACGGUGGGCCGCCGCCUCAGCGUGGGCAGCUCCAUGCGGAGCGCCAAGGAGCAGGCGGCGCUGCAGGAGGGCCACAAGCUGUGCCUGUCCACCGUCGACCUGGAGGUCAAGUGCCAGCCCGAGGCUGCAGCGGCCCCCUCGUUCAUGCACAGCGUGUUCAGCCCGAUCCUGCUGCUCAGCCUGGUCACCAUGUGCGUGACGCAGCUGCGCCUCAUCUUCUACAUGGGCGCCAUGAACAACAUCCUCAAGUUCCUGGUCAAAGGCGACCAGGAGAUCGUGGGCCUCUACACCUCCAUCUUUGGGGUGCUCCAGCUGCUCUGCCUGCUCACGGCCCCUGUCAUCGGCUACAUCAUGGACUGGAGGCUGAAAGAGUGUGAAGACGCCUCUGAGGAGCCCGAGGAGAAAGACCCCAACCAAGGUGAGAAGAAGAAGAAGCGGGACCGGCAGAUCCAGAAGAUCACCAAUGCCAUGCGGGCCUUCGCCUUCACCAACCUGCUGCUCGUGGGCUUUGGGGUGACCUGCCUCAUUCCCAACCUGCCCCUACAGAUUCUCUCCUUCAUCUUGCACACGAUCGUGCGAGGCUUCAUCCACUCUGCCGUCGGGGGCCUGUACGCCGCCGUGUACCCCUCCACGCAGUUUGGCAGCCUCACAGGCCUGCAGUCCCUGAUCAGCGCGCUCUUCGCCCUCCUGCAGCAGCCCCUGUUUCUCGCUAUGAUGGGUCCCCUCCAAGGAGACCCUCUGUGGGUGAACGUGGGGCUGCUUAUCCUGAGCAUGCUGGGCUUCUGCCUCCCCCUCUACCUCAUCUGCUACCGGCGCCAGCUGGAGAGGCAGCUGCAGCAGAAGCGGGAGGACGGCAAGCUCUUCCUCAAGCUCAACGGCUCGUCCAACCGGGAGGCUUUCGUGUAGCGCCCGCCACCACCUCGGAACUGUGGCCUCCUGCCUUGCUUCAGUGACUCACCGGGGUCCCCCUUCCCCACCGCCCUCGGAGGACCCCCGCGCACCCCAGGACCCUCUCCUUCACCAUGUCGGAGCCCACGCUCCCGCCCGGGGCCCUGGGCCGGCCUCGGAGCUCUGCGGUGGAAGGAUGGGAGAGGGCCCCGACACGUGAUUCUCCUACGGCUGGAAGCAGAGGCGCUCUGGACUUGGCACUGCCACCCCCCGAGGGGCCCUGGCGCUCGGGCUCCGUGGCGCCUGCAGCAGGAGCCAGGAGGACCCGGCAGACAGGCCCUCUCCCCCAAGUGUCUGGAUCCUGCCUCUUGCCAAAGCAGAGUCGGCCAUCCACUGCCCACCACCUGCCCCUCGGCUGCAUGUCCACCGACCACGCCUGCCUGAGGACAAAGGCUUGCGCUGCCUGCACCCCCCUCGCCUGGCCCCUCACCUCCUCCCCGGCCCGUCUGCUGCCUGAGGAAGGAAGGACCCGCUUCCUGUUGUUGGUGCUAACUCCUUUGUGAUUCCAGCCCCCUGUGGCCUGUCCGUGGCCUGUGGAGAAGCCCCCCUGGCGUAAAGCCUGGGGAGGGGAUGGAGGGCUGGCCGGUCAUCCCGUGGGCAGGGCCGUGCAGUCCGGACCUCUGCCCGCAGGGCCUGACCAGGGAGCACGUUUCCACUGCCACCCUCUGUCCAGUCUGUGACCUGAAGGGAGUGAAAAGGGCACCAACAGCCACACACACACACACUCACACACACACACACACACUCACACACACACACACACGGCUGUUUGUGUGGGGGUGGAAGUGAGGCUGUGGCUGACGGACAUGGAGGUCCAGGCCUGGGUCAGGAAGUGGGUUUGUGAGAGACCUAGGGCUCUGUGCACACGUGGGUGUGUGUACGUGUGUCUGUGUGAGAGAAGUGUGUGUGCGGGGGGGUAGGGUGUGUGUGUUGGGGGGGUAGGGUGUGUGCUCCGGGUGUCUGCCCUCAUCCUCCCAGAGCCUCCCCUGACCGAGCCAGCCAGGCCCACAGCAGGCCCAGCGCCCAGGAGCCAGCCUUGCUGCGGGGUCGCAGCGCCCCCUGCCGGCAGACUCUCCAGGGCCCUGGAGCUGCUCCGUGGGAGCCGCUGCCCUUUGCCCGGCGGGCCUGGCUCACCAACUCACCCACCUUGACCGCCCUCAGAGAUGUGAGACUUCCUGGAGCUCUGAGAAGAGUGGGUUGAUCAUGAGGUUGAUUGUUUUGGUUCUUUUAAGUUUUGUUAGAUGCCUUUUUAUAAAGCAAUAAAUCCAUUUCCUCCUGGGAAGGGAUGCCCCUCCUGGCAUGUCAGUUAAUGACUACAUGUGCCUGUUUUGAGCUUGAGAAGAAAAGGCAAGACAAGGUUUUCUGCCGCUGACCGGCCCCAGUCGUACCCAGCUGCUCACCAUCUCUCAGAGUCUGACUGUCGCCUCAGGAGGGGCAGUGGGCCCGGAAAAGACCUUCCUCCCCCAUCCGCUCCCAAACAGAUGGGGCUCGGGCAGAGGCCUUAGAAGUGUGGCCGCUCUCCUCUGCUGCUGAUCCCAGCCAGACAGACUUCCUGUCACCACCUAGGCUGCGGGUUCCUCCUGAGGUCAGGACGCAGGGUGACCCCCGGAGAGCCGCAGGCUCAAAGGGCAGAGCCAGGAUGCAGUGGGAGGAGCGGGUGGACAACAGGAAGGCCCAGGCCCAGACCCCAGAGUUCAGUCAGUCGGGCCCCUUGGACGCACCUAAUCCCCGAGGCGUCCGUCCACCCAGGUUUUCAGAAGGAAAUCUUUGUUUUGAGCAAAUAGCUUUUGGAAAGGAAAGAAUGAAAUCAACUCGCAAAGCCUUCCUCUCCUCGUUCUGUGAGAUGUUAACAUUAUUCUAAGUUUUUUUAAAAGGUUUUGGAAUUCCUGCUGUGGCUCCACGGGAUUGGCCCAGGCUCUGGAGCCCCUGGGACGCAGGUUUGAUCCUGAGCACAGUAGGUUAAGGACCUGACGUUGCUGCUGCAUAGGUCACAGCUGCACCUCUGAUCUCUGAUCCCUGGCCUGGGAACUCCAUGUGCCUCAGAGCAGCCAAAAAAAGAAAGUUUUAGAGUCAUAUUUGGGAAACGCUGAGAUAAGGUCCAGUGUCUGUUGGACUGUGCAGGAGGGAGGAGGCUGUGGCGUGUGGCUGAGGAAUGAUUUUAUCAACCCCAGCCGCCCUCCAGGUGUGGUCCAGUGACCUCGUGCACUGGGAGCUCCGCGCUGCUUGUUAAUGACGUAGCUUCUGAGUCUUGCCUGUGACCAAGAGGGAAACUUGGAGACCGUGCUUGGCUAAGCCCCACCUUGUGAUUCUGGUGCCCGCCCCCGCCCCCUGCCCCAUCUCCCAGCAUUUGAGAUGCACUGAGAGGAGUGCGGUUGGGGGAAAUGCAGAUGAUGGGAAACUGUAUUGAGGUUGUACAGACAAGGCCUGUGCUGUUCCCAGCCGUUCCCAGGCCCCGUCCACGUGGGAGCGGCAGCCUCCGUCUCCCACCCACCGGCUGAAUGUGUGCACUUUGUGGGAAGAAGUAGGCAUCGAGACACCCGAGUUCAGGGUGGAAGAUAGUCUUGGGCCAAUAGUGGGAUUAGAGGCAUGAAAAUGGGAGCAGGGUACCAGAAGGUUGGGUACCACACGCAUCCCCCCAUUCCCCUGUCAGGCGUUUUGCUCUGACUGCAGGGUUGAUGGGUUACCUAUUUUCCUGUUACCGUCCCUGAAUCAUGUGAACGACGCAGGCGCUGAUACCAUCCUCUCUGUUUUAUAGCUGGAAAAAGCAAGGCCCAGGGAGGAGAAGUGACUUGUUAAGGUUAGAGUCAGGACUCCCUUAGGGUUCUUCAGUCACUGCAGCAGCCAAGGCCCUCAAGAGCAGGACAUUCCGCUCAGCAGCAGCCCCAGGGGCCACCAGGCCUUGAGAUGAGGGCGAAACAGCCUGAGGAAGGGAAGCAAACACGGGCACCGUCUCGAGUUCUUGAAGCCAAGAGCUUCCUUGGGGGCCAGUGGUGACUUUGAGGGAGCAAGUCUCUGGUCAUCCCAACCCCUCAGAGGUGCGGUCUGGGAUGUGGAAGGGACCCCGGGGCCUCCAGGCUCCAGGCCGGAAGGAGUGGGAUGUGGUGCUGGCCCUGCAGCUUCGAUCCGAGCGAGGAAUGGGCCGAGCCGGCCUCAGGAGUGUUUGGGGGUGGGGGCCGCUCCUCUGGGCCUGAUCUGGGUUGGCUCCCUCCAAAAGCUCCUGGCCUCUGCCUGCGGCUCUGGCUGCACGCGCCCGUCUGGGGGGCGGGGGCGCAGGUUGUGGACUCCUUUCUGCUUUGCUCCAUCUUCUUUCCCCUCCUGUACCCAGUAUCAGCCUGGUGCACUGGACUAAUCCUCAAGCCCUGCUUGUUCUGCCCUGGACCCUGCGUCUGAAGAGGGCGUCCGCUGCCUGGGCCCCCAAACACACUGAAAAUGGGGAGACAGCCAGUGUCGGGCAUACAGGUGCAGAACUAUGGCAGAUAUUCAGCCCAGUGAGGGUUUGGUUUGGUUUGUUUUGUCUUUUUAGGGCCACACCCGCAGCAUAUGGAGGUUCCCAGGCUAGGGGUCGAAUCGGAGCUGUCGCUGCCGGCCUACACCACAGCCGCAGCAACGCAGUCCAGUGAGUUUUGAUGCAUUUGCACAUCAGCCUGCGUGCAUGUAAGCAGCUAUGCCAUGGAGCAGGGGUCAAGCUCCAGGUAUCCUACGGUGAGGGGCUCGGAGAAAUCUCAGUGGAGUCAGGCUUCCAGGGUUGUUUGAGCAAAACUCCCUUCCCUCUGGGGGGAUAAUUCCGUGGGGUUAAGAGAAUUAGGAGCCCAGGACCCCCAAAGUGAGGGGGUUGGCUUUCCACAGGCUGGAGCCCACCCCCGGGGUGGGGUGGGAUCAGGGGGCGCAGGCAGGCUCUCUGCGCUCAGGCCCUGGACUGAGGCCACUGCGUGGGAAGGAGGUGCGGCGUCCUCACAGCCCUCUCCCCCCGGGUGUGGCCGCCGCCCGUGCCCUUGGCCUCUGCAGGCAGCAGGUCCAGUCCUGAAGUUCGUCUUGCUCAGCCUCCCAGGCAGAUCCCGGCCCCUCUCGUCCUUUCCCAGAGUCAGACCCCGUCUCCCUGUGCCUGGAGGCCUCGAGGAGAAGGGCAGAGGAGAGCAGGCCCCCCCACACGACGUGUCUCGUGCUCUUAGGCAAGUCUUGCGCCUCGGUGUCCUCACAUGGAGAAGGGCGGUAACACCCUCGCUGGGAGAUUGGACGUCCCCUGGGUGACCGUGGACGUGAAGCAGCGGCACAUCAUUGUACCCGGCACUUCGGAGGCACUUACGAAGUGACGGCAUUAUUUUUAUGACCCCGGAGGAAUACGGGUAACCCAGGGCAUCAGGACCACCCCCACCCCCGCCCCCCACCCACAUAACAGGACACCCAUGUUAGGCAGCUCUGACCGGGACAGGCUUGUGGCCAAGUAAAGGCGGUGAGGUCUGUCUCCACUGGCCCCCUCCCCUUCUCCAAACUCCUCUCUAAGCAAAAGCCUUAAGACGUUGUCGCCUUGUUCACUGUUACGUCUCUGACAUUUUGGCGAGAGGCUUGGCCCAAAAAGCUGCUCAAGCUGGUCUCCCAAUGGUGGAUGUUCGGGCACCCUGACAGUUUUAUGUCGAGGUGGGUGACUCAGCACGACUUGUAGGCAGCACCUCCACACCACCUCCUUGUAAAACUGCCCGUGCCUCUGAGUGUGUGAGUGUGUGUGUGUGUGUGUGUUUGCACGUUGAAGCUGGAGGUGUGUUUGGAGGAGUGUGUGGGAGCUUGUCUGUGUAUGCCUCUGGACCUGGACAAAGAGGGACAGGGUCUCACCCACUGAAUCCCUUUUGGCUGCUGGAAAGGCCUAGGCAGGCUCAUCUAAGGACCCAGCCCAGGUCGUCAGCGUGGUGCCUGAAGGGUUCAUCUGUUCCCAUGUCAACCAGGGUCAGUGCAGUGUCACUGAGGACUCAGUGGCUGACCCGGACUCUUCCUGUCCCUUUGCUGUUUCUAGCACCUGGCUUACUUCCAGCACACAGUAAGCGCUCAAUAAAUGUCUGCUGUGAAUGGCGAAGAACCA